AUGCUUUUGAUAACAAUUUAUUAUUUUUUAAUUACUACAGUUUCGGCAAUUUCAUUUGCAAGUGAAAACAAUAGACCAAUUAAACCAUCAGAAGAUGAUUUUUACAUUCCUCCACCAGAUUUUGAAUCAGCGCCAGUUGGUAAAAUUGUAAGAAAAAGAGAAGUACCUCAUAGAUUGACAAAUGUAUUCACACCGAUGAAAGUUCAAAAUGCAUGGCACAUUAUGGUAAGGUCAGAAGAUUCAUUUAAUGAACCAAAUGUAAUUGUUGCAACUAUUAUAAAACCAUUUAAUGCAAAUCCAAAUAAAUUAAUUAGUUAUCAACCUUUUGAAGAUUCGCGAAAUCCUGAUUGUGCUCCAUCAUAUGCAAUUCAAUUUGGUUCAAACAUAAAUACUUUAAUAACACAAUCUGAAAUGGUUAAUGUUGAUGUGAUGCUAAAACAAGGAUAUUAUGUAGUGAUUCCAGAUUAUCAAGGUCCUGAAGGUGCUUAUACUGCUGGUAGACAAGCUGGAUAUGCUGUUUUGAAUUCACUUACUGCAACUUUGACAACUAAAAAGUUUACGGGUAUAAAUCAUGACGCUGAUACAAUACUCAUGGGAUAUUCAGGAGGCACAAUUGCUAGUGGAUGGGCAGCUAUGUUGCAACCUGAAUAUGCUCCACAUUUGAAGAAGAAUUUAAUUGGUGCAGUUUUGGGUGCAUUUACGACUAAUAUUACAUCCAUGGUUGAAAUAGUUGAUGGUACAUUAUUUGCUGGUUUAAUUCCAAAUGUGUUAAUUGGUUUAUCAAAUCAAUACCCUAAACUAAAGAAAUUUUAUUGGGAAAGAUUAAAUCCAGAUUUAGCUGAUAAAUUUUUCAAUAAAGCUCAAUGUUUUUUUGAUGCAUUAAUAAAAUGGAUUUUAACAUCAUUUUUUAAAGGUAAGAAUACAUUUUUUCCAGGAGGUAUUUCAAUAUUAAGAGAAGAACCUAUGAGAUCAAUAUUGAAACUGAAUAAUAUAGUUGAUCAAUCUAAAUAUCUUGUACCAAAUAUUCCCAUAUUUAUAUAUCAUGGAUCAUUAGAUAAAGUUGUACCAAUUAAAGAUUCAUUCAAGAGUUUUGAAAAUUGGUGUUCACUAGGUUUAAAAUCUGGUGAAUUCGUAGAAGAUAAAUCAUCUGGUCAUUCAGUAUUAUCAUUAAUUGGAAUAGCAAUUGCAAGACCAUGGAUUAUACAAAGAAUGAAUGGGAAACCACCAGUAAAUGGUUGCGUACAUAAUAAACAAUUGACUACAUUUGGUUACCCUAAAACUAUAGCAGCUUUUUACAAAAAUUCAAUAGAUAUGUUGAAAGCUAUGACUGGGUUCAAAUUAGGUCCUAAAUAUAAAAGUCUUGAAAAUUAUGAUACCUCGGAAUUAUCAAACUUGAAACAAUUUUUACAAGAAUUGGAUGAUAAUAAAUAUAUUUCUACAUGA